GGUAAUGGUCGCUACAUGGCAUCUAACGGGAAAAGAGCUGCGCAGGGUCCCGGCUGGGAUUCUCUGCCAGGGAGGGACCCUCUCGCCCGCCCGCCCGCCUGUGGCACCGGAAGAUCCUGCGCCCGGAACCACGUGGCUUGGUCGUGGUGGGCGGGCCAGAAGGAGGCGGUGGUGGCGGCGGUGGCGGCUAGUGCUGCUGCUGCUGCCGCCUGCCCGGGCGCGGUGGCUGCUCCUGCUGCUCCCGUGGUUGUGGACGUGGAGCUGGGUACGGGCUCCAGCAUGGGCUGGGUGCCCGAGCGGGGCCGGCUAGCGGCGGGACUGCUGGUGAACCUGGCGGCGUCCAUCUGCAUCGUCUUCCUGAACAAGUGGCUGUACGUGUGGAUGGGCUUCCCCAACCUGAGCCUGACCCUGGUGCACUUCGCCGUCACCUGGCUGGGGCUGCACGUUUGCCAGAUGCUGGGCGUCUUCGCCCCCAAGAGCCUGCGGCCCCGCCAGGUGCUGCCUUUAGCCCUCAGCUUCUGCGGCUUCGUGGUGUUCACCAACUUGUCUCUGCAGAACAACACCAUCGGCACCUAUCAGCUGGCCAAGGCCAUGACCACGCCGGUCAUCGUGCUCAUCCAGACCGUGGCUUACGGCAAGACUUUCCCCACCCGCAUCAAACUCACCCUGAUUCCUAUCAGUUUAGGAGUUUUCCUAAACUCCUAUUAUGAUGUGAAAUUUAAUUUUCUUGGAAUUAUAUUUGCUACUCUUGGUGUUCUAGUUACAUCUCUUUAUCAAGUGUGGGUAGGAGCAAAGCAACAUGAGCUGCAGGUUAAUUCGAUGCAGUUGCUGUACUAUCAAGCCCCAAUGUCUUGUGGCAUGUUGUUGUGUGUUGUACCUUUCUUUGAACCAGUAUUUGGGGAAGGUGGAAUAUUUGGACCCUGGACAACUUCUGCUGUGUUUAUGGUGGUGCUCUCUGGAAUAAUAGCCUUUAUGGUGAACUUGUCUAUCUACUGGAUCAUUGGGAAUACUUCACCAGUCACCUACAAUAUGUUUGGACACUUCAAAUUCUGCAUUACCCUCAUGGGAGGGUACCUCCUAUUUAAGGACCCUUUGUCAAUUAAUCAAGGCCUUGGGGUUAUAUGUACAUUGCUUGGUAUUUUAGCUUACACUCACUUCAAACUUAGCGAGCAGGAUGGGAGUAAGAGCAAGCUGGUUCAGCGUCCAUAAAUGGAAUAUUGAUGUGGAUUGUGAACAAGACAUAAUAUGCACUGAUCUUAAAACAAGCAAACUGGCUGGAAUCGAAAACAGAUUAUUCAUGUUGUGUUCUUUUUUUAAAAAAUGAAGGCACUACAUAAACUCAGCUUUUACUAUAUUGAUCCAUUGUUCUGUUACUUGUAAAUGGUUUAUAUAAAGGACAUUCAUUAUUACAGUGGCAAUUCUAUGAAAAUUUUCCUGUUUAUACCAAACGAACUCAAGAAACAAGAGACAUUAAGCGCCAAAGGAAUUCAUUUUGCUCUUCAGAUCACAUCAGUAUUACCAUGGUUAGAAAGUCUAUUAGAGAGGAGACUGUAUGAAGAUAUUGAGAAGUCAGGUGAACUUGUUCCUUCUUGAUCUGGCUAACAAUAGGAAAACAAUUUGUCCUUUUCGGUUUCUUAACAGGACUUUACAAAUGCAAGGGGUACUUUUUUCGGCUUAAAAUUUGAAUAGAAGUAGUAAUUUCAUAGUAAAGUUGUGCCAUCGAGUCGGUGUCGACUCAUGGCGACCACAGAGCCAUGUGUUUUUCUUUGGUAGAAUACAGGCACUGAAUGUUUAAUUAGCCACUGAGCAAAAUUCUGGCAUUUGAGCACUAUUAAAGCUAGAACAUUCUGAUCUUUUUACAGCUUGACCAGAUUUCUGAACUUAGAAAACAUUUUGUAGCUCAUUGGAGAGCUGGCUUUUGUACUCUAAAAUAUUCCCCACCCACAAACACACACACCGGCCCCACUUCAGGGCCCGAUAAUGGCAUAUACAAGAAGGCAGAUGCCGGUCAGUCAAGUUGUUUUUCUUCCAACACCUUAUUCCUAACAUGCAAGGCUGGAUCACACAUUAUGUAGAGCCAAACCUUGACUUUGCACAAUAUCUGAAGCCCUGUUCAAAUAUUAUGUUGUAUGAGUGUAUAGACUUCUGUACACUUGUACAUGUGCUUGUGUGAAUGAUGGCACCUGCUGUUAUUUAAAAAGUGAACCUGGGUACAGGCCCCUCAUUUGCAUGGUACAGAUAAAUGUACUGCAGUACCUUUGUUCAGCAUAAGUUAUAAAUAACUGUACUUGAAUGCAGAUCUGUACCUGUGCAUGCUGUACACUCGUAUAAGUGUCCAACAUAAUGUCUGGAUAGGGCUUCAGAGCCUCAGGAGUGCAUGCUCCUCUCCCCUUCAGAUGUGAGCCUCCAUAGAAUUCUACUUCAUUGUCAUUAGAAACAAGCCACCAACUGAUUCUGACUUAUUCUGAUCUGAGGUCUUAAAAUAAACCGUGCAAUGAACCCAACUUCCAGCCGUGGGUUUAGCUCAUGGUUUUAUUUUAAGACUGCUGGUUAGAAUAAACCAGGAUCACUUGGUUUGAACAUUACAACCACCCCAUCUUGUUUCUAGUCACUGUUUUUCUGAGGCAUGCAAAGCAGGGUGGGGAGCAUGUGCUCCUGAAGCUCUGAGAUGUCACACGAGUGUGAUGUCUCAAUAGUCCCAAUGUGUAGGACUUGGCUAGCUGUAAUAGUAUCCUGCCCUCACCAUAAUUAUAGAGGUGAAGGUAAAACCUGGAAUAAAUUGAACAAACAGCAUAUGUCAUGGCUUGAGGGGGUGGGGAGAAUGAUGGCUGGUUUAAAUUAUGGUAAGUAUUCCUUAUAUGGGAUCCAGAACUUCAACUAUAAUAGGAGAAAGCUAUCCUGUGGACUAGUAAUGUAACUUCCAAACAGUAACUCGUAUUCAUGAAAAUGCCAGCUGCAGGGUUGUUCCUGAUUUAGAAGCAGUGUUCAUUCUUCAGGAAAUCAUUAUGUAACCCUUUUGAAAAACAAGCUCACUCACUGAUGUCUCAAAAAGUCCUUGCUGCCUGUCUGUCUUGCCAUAUUCUGGUGACUUGCUACUUUUAUACAGGGAACAAGCCCCAAGGAUUCAUGAAGAAUUGUGUGCCUCUGCUGGGAAGCAGAUGCCAGUUGUGACAAGACUGAAGCCCUAGAUGCAAGCUCUGAUAUAAAGCUAAAAGACUGUGCUUUCAAAGGGAAUUUGGCUUGGGAGAGAGUAUAGCUUUUUCCCUCAGAAGCUACAAAGUCCGUUUUACCAACACAUAAUCACAUUUAAAAACAUGGUUUUUGUUGAAAAAUUCACUGCUGAAAGUGGAAGAAUUUCACGUAUGGUGUCUGUAUUGUAUUUUGGUUUAGCCCAUGUGAUUUUAAGGAAAUUUAAUACAAACAGAAUUAAAUAAAAAAGUUUUAAAGCUGAA